UCGCGGCCCGACAGUCGCGUCGGCGCUCCGUUCGCCAGCCGUCGUCAAACCCGUUCUCCUGCCGGAACCCUCUAGCGUGCCUUCGUUGUCCCGCUCGAUGAUGUAUAAGUCAUAGUGCGAGAUUCGUUAUCUGCGGAUUCGAAGGGUACGCGAGUGUACGGAAUCGCGCGUUGGAUCACUUGAGGAAUUAUAUUCGCCGCGACGAUCGGGGUCCUUAGCGGUCCCCCGAGACCGCGAUGUCUCUACGCGCCGCGGCGGGCCCGACUUGAGAAGACUCGCGACGAGGACAGAGACUACCAAGUGACUUGUAAGCAGUGUCCCAAAAAAUUAAUUGCACUUUUACAAUGCAAUAAUAUCGAAAUAAUAACGACUGGCCGACGGAUUAGUGCGACUUUAAAAGAAUUUCGUUACAAAAUAUCGUAAUAAUUAAAUUAAAUGAUAAAUUCUCGUUACUCAUGAGUUGAGAGAAAGUAGCGACUACCGUUGGUUCGCCAAGGUUCGCACUCGGAAGAAUUAUAUACAAUGUAGAGGCGAUGUCGGAGACUCGAGUGACAUUUUUGCAUCUACUUUUGAGCUAACUCGUACGUUUGGUCGCGACCGGAAGAUCUGCUCGGUAUAAAAUUAUGCACCAAACCGGUGCCUGAGAGAUGUAUCCCAGAGAAGGAGCGAACGCUGAAAAGAUGUGCAGAGAGGAAUCAAAGAUUUGCACGGUCGACGAGAGGGACGUUAACGGCGAUAAACGCAGCGUGACAAUAAUCUACGUGGUUCGAGAAUAAUCACUGACUCUAUCAGCAAUUCCCAGCGCUGUCCAUCACCUGGACGGUCAUUUCUGUGCGUCUGUACGAGUUACCGCUCGACUCUGCCAUCGAAUUGGACCUCCUCUACGGAGUACCAUAUUUGGAUCUGGUUGUCGACGAAUAGUAAUUUCUGCUAAUGAAUAGAGAUUAGAUGGAUGAUUGUGUUAAGAUCGGUGAGGUGCGCGUAUCUCGUAAAUAUCGAGUGAUCUGUGAAUACCGAGGCGACUCGAGCGAGAUCGCAGUACGAACCGGAUGAGACGUGUCGAAUGGAGUGACGCCGGGAUUUCUCGCAGAUCAUCGUCAUCGUGGAUCAUCGAUGUAGCGCGAUGUCGGCCUGGUGGCCUGUCGUGGCGGCGACGCUGUGCUUCUGGAUAUGCGCUGCGAGCCAAUUGAGCGAUAAUACACCACCUGUAAUGUGGCUGGAUCGAAACUGGAGACUUCCGGAGACCGAGCCGGUAGGAAACGUCAUAACGAGAGUUCGCGCUGAGGAUAACGAGCAGGACAAGUUGACUUACGGCCUGGAACCACACGAUCAUUACAACGGGAACAACAAGCCUCAGCCGCCGUUACCAUUCUCCAUCGACAACAGGACCGGCAUAGUUUUUCUCAAUGAAACUCUCAAAGGAAGAGCAGGCCAGAACCUGUUACUCUAUGUGACCGUUUCCGACGGUCAGCUCACAGCGAAGACUGAAGUUUACGUGAAUAUUGAGAACGCAUCGGCACCAAAUCGGGGAAAGACAAGGAUACCAUAUCCAAAUCAACAUGGUUCCGGUGGGCGAAUACGACCGCCCUUCCUCGGUCUACCAAAUCUGCCGACCUUUCCUUCGCCUUUACCCCCUUUGCCGCCGAAACAGUAUCACCCCGAAACCACAAAACUCGAGUUGGAGAGAAUAAAGCCUAAAGAGAACGACAAUAGCAUUAGCGGUACUGCCAGUACCGGCAGUACUGUCACCGAAGAAAGCGUCCAGGUAAACGAAGUGGAGGGUCCUGCAUUGAGCUCGAAGGUCGCACCCUCCACCGCACCACCCUCGCAGGACAUGGCGAUGACGCUGGUACCGGUGGCUGCUGGAUGUGCUCUUAUUGUGGGUCUUGGUAUGGGCGUCUGGUCCCUGAGGAACAGAUUUUGCGGCAGCCGCAAAUCCAAGGACACGAAGGAACAGGCAUCAGUCAGCGUUUCAAAUCUGUCUGAUGAUCCUUCUCUCGUCCUGAAGAGGUGGCGAGGUCCAAAGGCUCACAGCAAUCGUUAUCAGCCGUGGGAAAAAGAAUUCCAAGCAGGUAUUCAGAGUAAACAGGAGGAUAAAUGGGAAUUUCCCAGGCAUAGAUUAAAGGUUUUUAACAUCCUCGGCGAAGGUUGUUUCGGUCAGGUGUGGAAAUGCGAGGCUUUAGAUAUCGAUGGCAAAGCCGGCCCUACGAUUGUGGCGGUGAAGACUCUGAAAGAGAAUGCCACCGAGCGAGAACGAUUGGAUCUCGCACAGGAGCUACGCGUCAUGAAGAAUCUAGAUCCCCAUCCCAAUGUAGUGAGACUUUUGGGAUGUUGCACCGAAAGGGAACCUAUGUUCGUCAUUCUAGAGUACGUGAGUGGCGGCAAGCUGCAGAGUUUCCUCAGGGCCUCUAGAGAGGAGAGGAAUCAUGGGGGAGCAGGAUUAACCUCCAGGGAUCUUACUGGAUUUGUGUACCAGAUCGCCAAAGGUAUGGAAUACUUGGCGUCAAAAGGUAUCAUCCACAGGGACUUAGCCGCCAGGAACAUCCUAAUCGACGAGAACCGCGCGUGUAAAGUGGCGGACUUUGGCUUUGCCAGAGACGUGGCGGCCAAUCAGAUUUACGAGAGAAAAUCCGAAGGUAGAUUGCCGAUUAGAUGGAUGGCACCUGAAAGUUUAUAUGAUAACAUAUUCUCCGUUAAAUCGGACAUUUGGAGCUUUGGCGUUCUGAUCUGGGAGAUCGUGACGUUAGGGUCGACACCAUAUCCUGGACUUGCUGCUGCAGAGGUAAUGAGGAAGAUCAAAGAGGGCUACAGAUUGGACAGGCCUGAGCAUUGUAAAAGGGAGCUCUAUAAUAUUAUGUACUAUUGUUGGGACAAGGAUCCAGCAUGCAGGCCGUCCUUUGCCGAGCUUGUUAAUCUGACCGAAGGCCUGCUGCUCGACGAGACGGAUUAUAUUGAGCUCGACAGGUUUCCGGAUCACUCGUAUUACAAUGUGCUCAAUCUCAGCGGAGAGAAACUAUAAAACUCACGUGACGAUCGUUAACUAUUAUGUCAUCCGAUUUUCACAUAGAUAAGUUGCCACACGUUUCUGCAAUAACAUUAUCGUUUAAUCGAAUGUAUCUUCGCCAUAUGAUGAAUUAUAUGGGAAAAUCAUAUAGACUAAAUUAUCAGGUCGACGAGGUUUCCAUCGCUUUAAACGAGGAGUAUUAUCAAAUUAUAUCACUAAUCGAAAAGUAAUAUUGUAUUUUGUAAUGGCGUGUUUAAUGAGUUCGCUUGAAUACGAUUUGAGCUUUAAUUUCUCUGCUCGUUACGGCACAAAACUGUUCGAUCGUUUUGUUAAAUACUCAGAUGUACGUGUCAAAUAUUCGCGUAUCUACGAGAAAUACACGAUUUGUAAUAAUUAAGAAAAUAUAAUUAAAUUUAAACGCGAUGUUACACUUACAAGUCGAAGAAAAGUAUUCCUAAUACUUUAGUGGCUAUUCAUUCGUGUCUAGACACGAACCUGUAUAUAUGUAUUGAGUUGAAUAUUGUUGUAAGUUAUUGUACAAUUAUGUAAGAAUAAAUAAAUCUAUAUACAUUA